AUGAUGACGGCGUACCUCAUACACGUCUGUGGAAUGUUCAGAAUUGCAAGGUAUUACGAAUUGUUGGUAUGCAGUUUCGAGGGAAUGUUUAUGCUUUUAAUAAUGGUUGGCGUGCUAUCUUUAAGUCUUAAUUUAUUUCGAAUCUUCCAAAUUAUGUCAUUCGGUGGCGACGUAGAUGAGUUCAGCACGCAUUUCACGUAUGCACUCACCAGUAUCUUACACAUGUUUUUGUGCAACUAUGCGGCUCAAGAAGUUACGGAUCACAACGACCACGUGUUUGUAACCACAUACAACGUCCAGUGGUACGCAGCACCUUUACAUAUUCAAAGAAUGAUACUAUUUCUUUUGCAAAAGGGCACCAAGACGAUUAAUCUCACCAUCGGUGGAGUAAUAAUGGGAUCCAUGGAAACUUUUACCUCGUUCAGAUUUCUAAUUGAAGAAAUUCAACGGAUAUGUAACGAGCUGAAAGAUGAGAAUGAAAUCGCCAUUAUAAGGGAGUACGGAAGCGACGCGAAAUUUUACACGGCUGCACUUUUAUGUAAGAGUUAA